AUGACGUCGUUUCAGAUGUAUUCCCGUGCAAUAGUCCGUUCGUUCUUGGCGCGCCCGUCCGCGUACAACAAACUGGCGGCCAACAGCUCAACGGCGGCCGUCUUCCAGGCCGAGCCAAAGGCACCCGUACAAGGUGUGAUGCAGGUGCGCGAGGACAAGAUCGUCGGCCGUGACAUUGUCGGCUACGGUCUGAACGGCGAACCCCAAUACUUCGACUCCAUCACCUUCCCGUUCCCCAGCGUUAGGUUUAUGAAGAACACCCCCGAAAUAGUGGCGUUGCGUGUGAAAGAAAAGGGAGACUGGAAAAAGCUGAGUAUAGAAGAAAAAAAAACAUUGUACAGAGCAAGUUUUUGCCAGACAUUAGUUGAGGUAGAUGCACCGACUGGUGAAUGGAAAGCCAUUUUUGGAUGGGUCAUGGUCUGGAUCUCUGUUGCCGUCUUUUCUUUUGUCGGAGUUCGUAAAUUCCUGACAAGCACUGCUGAUGACCCAACUUUAUCACUUGAAUAUCGUCAAGCCCAAUUGAAACGUAUGAUUGACUUACGUGUUGAUCCAAUUGAUGGGUUAUCCUCAAAUUGGGACUACGAAAAGAACACAUGGAAAAGUUAA